AUGUCAGAAACUGAUGAUGAUCUACAAUAUUCUGGUAUUAUCAAGGUCUCCAAUGGUCUUGCUCAUCCAAGAGUUAUGCCAAACACUUCUGGACCAGUGUCCUGUGGAAAAGGUCAAAGGGAUAUGGAUUUCCAAAUUCACUGCCUAGAGAUGGAGGCAUAUAGUUCUGUUUUGAAGGUCUUCGUUGCUCAGUCAGAUGUUCUUUCAUGGGUACGUCUUACUGCUUACCUUUUUCAUGCUUCAGUAACUGGAAAAUAUGUAGAUGCAUUAACAGGAUGUGCCAAUGCCAUUUUUGUUUUGGUGCAAGAUCAACAUGGGCUAAUAACACAAUUAAGGAAGGAACUCAAGGUUUCAGAUGUUGAACAUAGUAAAAUUUUAGGAAAAAUUAACAGUGAUGCCUCAGUCAAGUCUAUAAAAAAUAGCCGGGAAUUACUAAAGGCAACGCUGAAUCCUUCUUUGGACUCCAAAUCUUUAGGUCAUGUACCUAACAAAAGAUUGAAGCGCACCCAUAUUUCUCUUUCUUCGUCCAUGAGGCAUCCAACACUAACAUCUACUCCAUCACAUAUGCCUCUUAGAUGGGACCAAUUGGCUAGAAAAGGAACUUUAGAUAAUCAAAGCAAGCAACCGAGCAUAACGAAAGCAAGGGGAUCACUCAAAGUUCAAUCUUCCAACAAGAGCUUUGCACAAUCCAGCAUUGAUAAUGUAAAAUCUGGAUCUGACAUAAUUGAGAUUCCUGCAACCGAUGCGGUCAUCCAUGAGGUUGAGAAGAUUUGUGGCGCUGAUAAUCCUGACCCCGCUCAAGUUCAGAGAGCCAAAGCACUUCUCAUGAAGAGCCCUCCUGGAAGCCAUUGCCAAACUCGCCGAUGCAUCAGAUCGCGUUUGAUAGACGAGUCAAAGAAGCCGGGCCCAACGGGUUUAAAAUUUUGCUACGAAUGGUCUCUGCGGCGGAAGCUGCACGCCAGGGGAGCCGACGCGUCCACCGGCGUCGCCAGAGUCGAGAUCCGCAACGAGGCGGCGGCCUUACGAGAUGCCAUCCUCAGCCACCAUCAAACGAUCCAGAAGCUGCAGUCAGAGCUGAAGGAGGAGCGGAGCGCCGCGGCGUCCGCUGCGCAGGAGGCCAUGUCUAUGAUCGUCCGCCUCCAGCAUGAGAAGGCGAAGGCCAUCUUGGAGUCCCAGCAGUUCAAACGCGUGACGGAGGAGAAAAUGACCCACGACCAGCAGGAGAUCUCCAGCCUCGAGGACCUCCUGUUCAAGCGACAGCAGGAGAUGCUGGCCCUCUCCUGCGAGGUACAGGCCUACCACCACCGUCUCCUCAGCUACGGAUUUAACAUCGACAGUGAUGCCGCGCCUCCCUCGGAGCCGCAGACACCUGAUUCGGCGUCCUCUGGCGAUACUCCACGCGAGCACCUUCAGAAGCUGGAGCAGCGCAUCUUCCAACUCGAGCAAACACCAAGCAGCAGAUUUGGGAAUGUCAUGGAAAAGGCAGUCAUGGUGGCGCAUUCGCCACAAGGCCGGUCUAGGCAUCUCAGGAAUAUCUCAUGUGGGAGCUAUCGAUCCAUCCUGGAAUUCAACAAGGCAGACGAGUUCCAAGCAUCAAUUGAUGGCGCACCAGAUUACGAUAAUACGAAUGACAGAGUGUAUACAGUGGAUGCAGUGCACAGAGCUAGCAAUGACUAUGUCAGCACACCAAGGGAACUUCAGAACAGGCGAUUUCAGAUGGGUGGUGGUGUUGAAGAAGUAGAAAUAAGCAAGCUUCAGAUGAGGCUGCAAGUACUUGAAGCCGAUAGCAAAUCGAUGAGACACACACUGACUUCCAUCGGCAUGGACAAGAUGCAAAUGGUUACACUGAAAGAGAUUGCUCGGCACAUGUGCAAGGAAGGGUCUGCAGAAAAGCGGAUCAUAAACAAACCAUCCCUCAAGGGUUCUUCCCUAGCAAUCACCGAGAGUGUUGUCUCAUUUUUCAUAUUCUGGAGAAAGAAGUCACCUCAAAUCAACAGGUAUGCAUUCGGGAUUACAUUGGGCACUGCCUGUCUGCUGCUUCUAGGCAAGCCCUAUCGCAUAAGGCAACGGAAGCUUCUCACGAGAACACAAGGCUAAUGACUGCAGUUAGUCAUAGACAUCGAUGUUACUCAUGUUAGCAACCACACUAAAGCAAUUUGCUAGUGAAACAGUUUAUAUGAACUGGGUUUUCGUCCAUCUUAGAUGAACUAAAGAUUGGUUUAAAUUGCCAUUUUUUUUUUUUUGAGUUUUCUCUUUUGUAAUAUUGUGGCAAAUUGUUAAACUUUAUGAAAUUUUUUCCAGUCUUGCAAUGCACAUUAUGGAUGUAAUUUUCACAAAUAUAUUUUAGUUUUUGGUGCAUUAUUGGC